ACAUAAAUAGAUACAUAGAUAAUCAUCAAAAUGUCUAUUUCAGGAAAUCAGUACCAAAGCUAUGAAGAAAAUGAACAGAUAUCAGAGUGCUGUGCAACAUGGUGUAUUGAAGAGGUGGUGAGGUGGGAGUCUUCAGAUGUGCCUGGUUCUAAAGAGAGAUUUGCAGCCUGCAGUUGCUUCGACCAUGCCUAUUUCAUCCCCAUCCAACACCUGACUGAGGAGCACAUGUUUGGCAAGCAUAAAGAUCUGAAGCUGGCUCUAGUUCACGCUGUCGCAGGUCUUACUGUUAGGGGGGAGUUUCCGCCAGCUUAUGACGGCUAUGGAGUGUUGAUGCCCACACCUCAACCACGAACAGGGUUUAUAACUGGUGUAAAAAAACGUAAGAGUACCUGCCCUUGUAACAGCUGUCAAACAACUCCUUCUGACGCUUCUCGUGAUUGGUUUGAAAUUACCAUCGAGACUGAAGACUGGCUUGUGAGCGGGCGGCAAGAUGUUAUCAUGACUGACUGCAUAUGGAAGCUUGAAGAAGAAAGCGCCACAGCUGUUGUCCUUACAGGCAUGGAAAUUAAAAAUCAACAGAAAUCCUCAGAUUAUAACGGCGCCUCUAGUCUACACUGUGAAGUGGUCUGUGUGACCCAUGAUCAGGAGAUUGGCGUCAGGGUAGCGGAAGCAAAAAGACAUGAACGAAAGAUGCGGAAAAAGUUUCAGAGAACAUUGCCACAGGAUAAAUUUGUUUUCUUCGUGUCUUAUCCACACGGUAACAUACAACAAGUAACCAUUGGCAAGUUGAUGGAAAAAGAGGGGCCGGUUAGUGAAUUUGAGAGAUGUGCCUUCUCCUCAGGCAUCUGCCCAGGGUGCCUUGGGGCGCCAGUGUUCAUCCGUGACAUGACAGACGGCAUCUCCAGCCCCAGGGUCCUCUACUGCUUGAGGGGGGUAAGGAAAUUGAGCUUUACACCAAGCCUAUGGAUCGAAACAAUUCAAGCUAACAGCUAAACCAUGGAUAAAUAGUUAAUGUUCAGAAAUUACCA